GCCAAAAACAAAACUACCAAAAAUAUUAUAAAGAAAAACUGAAAAUAUCAUGGAUGUCGUUGGUGAAUUCCACAAGGAGAAAAAACUAUUUCUAGUGUAUCACCACCCCAAAUACCAUCCCGUACCACAAAUACAAAGACCAUCCUCCUCCGGUGAAAAAUCCAUCAACAAGCAGCCUAUUUUCUUAUGUCCUAAUGCAAGAUCGAAUCUUGCUGAAGCAAAAUCGCGUAGAGACUCGCCUUAUUUUUAUGAAGACAAUUUCCCGCUCAUUUCUUCCCCGGAGUAUCUCUUCUCUAGAAAAUCUUAUUAUAAUCAUUCAGUACUCCCUCUGUUUUGGUGCAACAACAAAGAAUUCGAUGCCGAUGAUGGUGGGUGCAGGGCUUGCAAAUACCAUGAUUUUGGCUCAGGUUAUUAUUUCUGCAACCUCUGUGAUAAGAAAUAUCAUAGAGAAUGCGUCCAGUCCCCACUUAAAAUAAAACACCCUUAUCACCCUGCGCAUGCUCUCCAACUUCAUGGUGGUUAUUACAGUCUCAAUUGUAUCUUUUGUGGAACAUCAGUAUCUCGUCUAGCAUAUUAUUGUAGCAUAUGUGAAGUUUGCAUGCAUCCAAUAUGUGCGAUGAAACCAAUACCUUUUAUUAUAUACCAAACAAAAAUGCAUGACCAUCCUCUCACUUUUUUUCACAGAAAAGCUUCGUUAACGUGUAACGUUUGUGGCUUGUUGAGAAAACUUUAUCCCACCUACAUUUGUGCUGAAUGCAACUUUGUAGCUCACAAUGAUUGUAUGAAUUUUCCACGCAUCAUCAAGAUAUCACGUCAUCCCCAUCGCAUCUUUCACACUUCUUCUCUCCCGUCUGGUGAAUGGUCUUGUGGAGUUUGUCGCAAAAAUAUUGAUGGUGAUUAUGGUGCAUAUACUUGUGACAAGUGUUGUGAUUAUGUUGUUCACUCAAUAUGUGCUCUAGGGAAAUAUGAGUGGGAUGGUAAAGAUCUCGAAAAUGUAUCAGAAGAAGAUGAUAUAACACCAGAUGUUGGACCAUUUGAUAUGAUAUCUGAAGGAAAGAUACUUCAUUUUCUUCAUGUCCAUCAUCUAUACCUCCAAGUCAGCAUAGCAUAUGACGAAAACAAAUUUUGUCAAGCUUGUAUUCUGCCUAUCUUUGAAGGUAAUUUUUAUUCUUGCAUUGAGUGUGAUUUCAUCCUUCAUGAAACAUGCGCAAAGUCUCACCGCAAGAUACAACAUGCAUUACAUCCUCAUUUACUUACAUUGAAGCUUAUGAGUCUUUAUGAGUCCAAUUUACUCAUGUGUGAUGCUUGUGGGCGUUUCUCUGGUGGCUUUGUUUAUGCUUGUGAUUUAGAGGAAUGCCACUUCAAUCUGGAUAUACUGUGUGCUUCAAUUUCUGAGCCGCUUGAUUACCAAGAUCAUCAACAUCCCUUGUACGUUGCUUCAGAAAAAAAAUAUAAUCCCAUGUGUAGCGUAUGCUUUAGGAUGUGUGGAAGACAUUUAAAUUGCAUCACCUGCAGAUUUGAUAUAUGCUUCAUAUGCAUUACCUUACCAUCCAUAAUAAGUUAUAAGCAUGACAAACAUGUUCUCAAAGCUAUGUUGGAAAAACCUGAAUCUAGAGAGAGUUGGUGUGAAGUGUGUGAACACUAUUUAAGAGAUAUAGACACAUGUGUGGUCUAUGGAUGCGACGAGUGCUGCACCACUUUUCAUGUAGAAUGUUUAUUUGGUCAUGACCCAUAUGUGAGGUUUGGUCAACAAUGCGAAGUAGAUGGGACAAAGUUUCAAGUUCUUCGCAAAAGUAAUACUUCUCGGCCAUUUUGCAAUUCUUGCAAACAACGUUGUCAACACAAAAUAUUUAAGAGACACAACUUCAUAGCAUGUUCUGUGAGAUGUGUUCUUCGGAAUCUUUGAUUUUUCAUUAAAAUUAUAUAAGA